GAAUAAAAACUAUGUCAACUCUUAAUGAUAUAAAAAAAGCAUAUCGAAAAUUAGUUUUAUUAUAUCAUCCUGACAAGAAUAUAAACAAACCUCUUUCUGAGCGUGAAAAAGCAGAAAAAAAAUUCAAAUUAAUUCAAGAGGCAUAUAAAUAUUUAAUUGCUAAUCAUAAAGAUCCAAAACCACUAAAGAAGAAAAAAGCAUCAAAAUCUAAGAAAGAAACAACAAAUAAUAAAAAAUCUAUUAAAAUUACUAAAGAAUUUAAAGAAAUAUUUAAAGAUGCAAUAGAUAAAAAAAUUGAUGAAUAUGUUGAAAAAUUGUUUUCUGAUAUAUUAAAAUAA